CAUCAGUGUCCAUUCUGACCAGUUCAGGCAUUUAUCUAUAACAAGAAUCCUGCAGUUUUUCAGUCUAUGGGCAAUACACAUAAUACAACCUACAAUCCAGUCAUUAUCAGUACAUCUAGGAGCCCUAUCCUCUACUUAUUUUCUCGGUUCAGGGUUCUUGUAUUCUGCAAACAAAAAGGUAUUGGCAAAGCUUUGUCAUACUUCUUGCCUAUUCUUCACUGGCUAGGCAGUCAAAAGUUAUUGUGUCUUGGACAUUGCAGCCAGACAGUUAUAAAGGCAUGUUUAUGUCAGUUUUGUGUCAGAGUGCCUUGUUGUUGGCUGCACUGGCAUCCAUCUUGUUUCAUUCUCGGACCAAGUGGCUCAAAUCUGAACACUGUUACUCACUUGACUGGAUUUUCAGAAUUACAUAACAGCUCAGCAGGCUUCCCAGGAGAUCCCAGGGUGAUGGCUGCAAUACAGGUGACAGAGGAAACCAUCAUAGUGGGUGGGCAGACUCUGUUCUCCCGCCAGGCUAAACCUACACAACAGGCUCCUCGCCUUUCCCUCCUGCUGCUCCAUGGCAUUCGUUUUUCAUCAGAGACGUGGCUCAACCUGCAGACUUUGUCUAAGUUGGCAGAAGCUGGAUACCAUGCUGUAGCUAUUGACCUGCCAGGAUUCGGCCGCUCUAAAGAUGCUGUUGCUCCAGCUCCUGUCGGAGAACCAGCCCCGGGCAGUUUCUUGAAGGAUGUCUUGGAGGCCCUGAAAUUUGACCAAGCAGUGGUGAUCAGUCCAUCUCUCAGUGGAAUGUAUUCACUCCCAUUCCUUUUUCAGCACAAUCACCUUUUGAAAGCCUACAUCCCAGUGGCACCCAUCUGCACAGAGAAGUUCCCUCCAACCCAAUAUGCCAGUGUCAAGACACCAACUCUCAUUGUAUAUGGGGAUCAAGAUGUCCAACUGGGUGAAGUGAGCCUGAACAACUUGAAGAAUUUACCUAAUCACAAGUUAAUGAUGAUGAAAGGGGCAGGCCAUGCCUGUUAUCUUGACAAGCCAGAUGAAUGGCACCAAAGGCUGCUGGAUUUCCUGAAGAACAUAGAGUAAACAGCAAAUCAGUCAGCACUGGCCUAGUCAACCCAUAAUCAAUGAGAACCUCACCAGUUUUUCUGGCAUACCCAUGUAAGGAGCUGGGAUUUCUUCCUGCAGUUCUGUCAGUAACCUGUUGGGGGGGCAGGUUGUUUGUGGACUGUCUAACCAUAGUAGACCUAAAACUAUCAGAAAGUGUUACAUCUAGAAUGCAUUCACUGAUUCAUGAUUCAUUAAUUGCAUAAUUAAAAUGACCAGGUAUGAUUUUUCUUGCUUGGGUCAUGAGAUAUUUGAAGUCAAAUUUACAUAAAAUAAUCAUUCAUAGAAAUGUAUUAGGAUCUGUGCCUGGAUAUAUUAGGAGUUGGUCCUCAGUAUCUUGAGCCCUUUUGCCAAGAUUUUAAUCAUGAACAAUUGUUUUCUAAAAGCUGAUUGAGUGCCGGCUGAGAUAGAUGUAAUAAAGGUAAGGCAAUGGCUGGGUUUAAGUAAUUUAUAAACAUAUGAUGAUUUAAUUGUUUUGACUUAGCACACCGAAGACUCUAUCCAUUAUAACAUCAUGUAUGACAUAGCAAUGGUAUUAAAAUUAAAAUUCUGGUUUGUUAGCA